AGCUCAACUUGGUUAAAAAUAUUUGAAACAACUAUUAAUACAUCAAACAAAUAAAAAUCAAAUAAAUAAAUAAAAUUUAAUGUUCUAAUAUUAAAAAACUAAAAAAAAAAUAUUUUCAAAAAAGAAAAAGAUAACUAUGUGAUGAAAAUCUAGUCAUAUAUUCCGUUAAAUAUGAGAAUUCCAUAUGAAUUCAACACAAAACCAAAAACAAACACAUAAAACUUACUAAGUACCUCAGUAUGCAACAAACAACCAGCGCUAAUAGCCAAACUACGAUCAACAAAAAUACCAAUACCAGCAGCAAUACCGACAACAUUAACACCAACACAAGCACCACCAAUAUACUAGGCAGCACCAGUGCAGCUGCAUCAACAGAACCAAAUAAUAAUAAUCGUGCCAGAAGAAGAAAGCCACAAGGAAAAAUGGCACAACAACAACAACAGCAGCUACAACAUGCUGAGCAAAGCGAUACGUCACCGCCUGAUGACAACAAAAACAAAGAUUCCAAUCUGAUAGAAACGGGUUGUGUGCGUUAUGGCAAGUGCAAGUGGUUUAAUGUGGCCAAAGGUUGGGGCUUCGUAACACCACAUGAUGGCGGACAGGAAGUGUUUGUGCAUCAGAGUGUCAUACAAAUGUCCGGCUUUCGGUCGCUGGGCGAACAAGAGGAAGUUGAAUUCGAGUGCCAACUAACCGAGCGCGGACUGGAGGCUACACGUGUGAGCGGCAGCAAAGGACUCGACUGCACGGGCAGUACCUUCCGACCGCGCACGAAGAAGCGACGACGCGUACGCUGCUAUAAUUGCGGUAAAUUUGCUAAUCACAUUGCCUCGAUGUGCCCGCAGGAACCGCAACCCAAGCGCUGUCAUAUAUGCAAAUCCGAAGCGCAUUUCUUUGCCGAUUGUCCGAUGCGGCAGGAAUCAACUGCAAACGCUGAGUCGGCGACAAUAUCUAAUGACGACAACAGCCAGUGCGACGAUGCAGCGACGUGAGAGUGACAGAUGGGCAGUGGCCGUGGGAAUGCAAUAGAAGGACAAAGAGUUACCUCAACAUUUCUCCGAUAUAGUUGCUCGUCGUUGCAAUGCGCUUUAAUUUACCACCAUUCGCCGCCAUUUUGAAGUAUUUGCUUGGACCAAUUGAAUGGCUCCUUGGCUGAAGAAUGCUUAGUACAAACUUGAAGAACUACUACAUUUUUUCUUAUACAACAUAAAUUAAGUGAACAUUAAUGCUUAGUUCAAAAGACAUUUUUUAUGCAAAAAACUAUAAAAUUAUUAUUUAUUUUAAGUAUCCUUCAGGUAUCAUAUACUAUAAAUUACUAUCGACUUAGUUUUUUUUUUAAAUAUAAACGUAUAUAGAUAUUAUAUAAUAUUUACUUAAGCUAAGACAAGCAAGCAUUUGCAUGCAAUUAAAUGGAGAAUUAAAAUGCCAUUUUUAAGAGUACUUAGAUUUUAAAGAAAACUGUACAACAUACUACCUCGUAAAUAUUUGCUUAAUUAUAUAAUUUAUGUAAUUGUAAGUAUAUAUUUACAAAAACAAAAUAUUUUUAAAAUAAAUUUUAUGGUACAAAGAAUAACUGAAAAA